AUGGGCUGCUUCUCAUUCUUCAGCAAGAACAGAGGCGGAAGCGAUGCCGGUUCCAUCAAGACUGAAAGCACCCUCGUCGAAGCCGCUUUCGACUCUGAAAAAGCGCGCAAGUCGGAUGCCGCUGCUGUUCUUCCAACGGUCAAGCGCGACCUUACAGGUCCACGACUCUCCGCCUUGCGAAAGCUGAUGGAGCAAGAAGAGCUCGACUUCUAUCUCGUACCCACAGACGAUGCACAUGCGACUGAGUACACUGCUGCUUCAGAAAUGCGGCGUGUGUGGAUCUCUGGCUUCACUGGCUCGGCAGGCACAGCCGUCGUCGGCAAGGACUCAGCUCAUCUCUUUGCAGAUGGUCGAUACCAUAUUCAGGCGGCUGAACAGCUCGAUGACAACUGGACGCUACACAAGGUUGGCGUAAGCGGCGUGCUCGACUGGCCUGCGUGGCUGAUUGAGCAGGCUGAGGAAGGCACCAAGGUUGGCCUCGACCCCGCUCUUACCAGUUACACUCAGGGCAAGUCGCUCGUCGCUUCACUGCAGCAGAAGCAAGCCUCUGCUGUUUUUCCUUCCCGUAAUCUUGUGGAUGUCGCCUGGGGCUCUGACCGCCCCGCGCCUGUUGCCUUUCCCAUCUAUGAACAUGAGCUCAAGUAUGCCGGCAAGCCUGCGACGGCCAAGAUCGAGGAUGUCCAGAAGGACCUGCAGGUGCAACCGGCUAGCUCUGCCUACUUCAUCUCUGCACUGGACGAAGUUGCGUGGCUGCUCAACCUGCGGGGUGCAUCCAUCCCUUGUCACCCUGUCUUCCCCGCCUACCUUCUGAUCGCAUCGGACCGAUCGACGCUCUUCAUCCGCAGCGAGCUUCUUCCAGCAGGCACCACUACUGACAAGUACGUUCGCGAUACGCUCAAUAUCAACGUUGAACCUUACGACUCGGUUUGGGAGUAUCUGUCUCGUUGGUCUUCCGAAGGGUCAGAUGGCCAAAAGCUCAUCUCUGGCGAGAAACUAUCUUAUGCGGUGGCCAACGCAGUAGGGGAUGAAAAGCUGGCCUUGUUGGAUCCAUGGCCAGUCGCACUGCGCAAGUCGAUCAAGAAUGAUGUAGAGCUUGAGGGCUUCCGUGCUAGCCACAUUCGUGACGGCGCGGCCUGGGUACGCUGGGCUGCCUGGCUCGAGGAUCACGUCAAGGUCAAGCGAGAAAACAUCAAUGAGUGGGAGGCAGCUGUCAAGUUCCAAGAAUAUCGCAAGAUGUUGCCGCUGUACGCUGGUGAUAGUUACGAUGCCAUCUCUGCAACAGGACCCAAUGCAGCGCUACCGCACUACGAGACUCCCGAAAAGGGCAGUCGCGUGAUCGAUCGCGAGACACCUUACCUUAACGAUUCGGGCGCACAGUAUCACGAUGGUACCAUUGAUUGCACGCGUACCGUUCAUUUUGGUCGACCGAGCGCCGAGCAAAAGCGCGCCUAUACACGCGUGCUGCAGGGCCACAUUCGACUCAGCGAGGUCAAGUUCCCCGCUGGCACGACGGGCGCACAGCUGGAUCCUAUCGCUCGUCACGCACUCUGGCAAGAUGGCUACCAAUAUCUUCAUGGCACAGGUCAUGGUAUAGGCUCGUUCCUGGACGUGCACGAGGGACCGCAAGGAUUCUCGACCAUGUCUGGUGGCUCCAAGCAGCCAGUGGCACUUGAAGAAAACAUGGUGCUGACUAACGAGCCCGGAUUCUACGAGGAGGGUCAUUUUGGUAUCCGCACCGAGUCGCUGCUGGCGGUUAAGCGUGUUGAAACGCACCGUGAAUUUGGAGACGUGGCAUGGUACGGAUUCGAGCGCAUCACCCAAGUCCCGAUCGCCACCAAUCUGGUUGACUUUAGCCUGCUUUCGUAUUCCGAGGUGCGCUGGCUCAAGGAGCACAACGCCGAGGUGCGCAAGAAGCUGUUGCCACUCAUCAAAGAUGACAAGCGCGCAGUCCGCUGGCUUCGACGACAGUGA